AAACGCAAAGUAUUAACUCUGUUAUUAGUGAAAAUAUUCAUACUGCCAUUAGUAAAAAUGUACCUAUUAUUAGCAAAAAUGAGAAUGAAGGUCCCGUUUAUAAAACUUUUGAAACUACUACAGCCAAUGAAGGCACUGAAACAACUGCUAAUAAAGUUUUGAAGUAG